AUGGUGUUGGAAGUCCUAAUCAUCGCUUGUUGUGUGGUGUUCGCUGUGUGGAGACUGGUGAAGCCGUGGUCUCCAUCUCUUAAUGUGUACCCUGGGAAAUUGGGGGCUGACUUAUCUCUGUCACGCAUUGCGUUGGCGAUAUGGUCCUGGUUGAAACCACGCAGUGUGAAGUCACCGCCGAUGUACCCUGGAUGUCUGCCACUCAUAGGACACGGGUAUCAGUUAAUGGGCGACGCUAUGCAUAUGUGGAAGUGUGAAAAACAAUAUUAUGACUUCUGUUUGAAGAACAAUGAUCUUAUUCAAAUACGACUCGGAACUCAUUCUACGUUUAUAUUAACAGACCCAGAUGAUAGUCUAACAGUAGCAAAUAACUGUUUAGAGAAGCCAUGCGUCUACAGAUACGGUGAAAACGUUUAUGGCAGGGGCCUUGUAACAGCAAACGUCGAUACGUGGAAAACUCAUCGCAAACUAAUGAAUCCAGCUUUUAACCUGCAAGUCAUGCAGUCAUUUGUCGGUAAAUUCUGCAGACAGUCGAAGUUUCUCGUGUCCGCACUCGCCUCGGAGGCAGGGAAGGGACCUUUUGACAUUCAGCCGUACUUAAUCACCAAUAUAUUGAAAAUUGCGUACCGAACAACAUUCGGAACAAACGUUGAGAACAAUAAGACACUUAAAACCUAUUCACAUGCUACUGAAAAAGUAUUGAUGCUAAUAUUAGAAAGAGUACAGAAUGUUUGGUUACAUUUAUCCUUCCUCUACAAAAUGACGACGUCCGGUAGAGAAAGUAAUGAAUUGGCUAACAUCAUGAAAGACAUAACUAAAUCGGUGAUGAAUAAUCGAAAAUCUGAAUUGAAAGCUGCUAAUCGGAUGGAUGAAUUGGGAGAAUCAGCUACAGAAGACUUUGUGUCUUCAUUGGAUCGAAUGCUGGACUUGGCUGACAAACAAAAUGCCUUCACUGAUGAUGAAAUCAGGGAACAUUUAGAUACCAUAGUAGGAGGUGCUUACGAUACUACCGCAACAUCUUUAACGUUCAUUUUGAUAGUGAUUGGAUCGCAUCCUGAUGUACAGGAAAAAAUGUAUCAAGAGCUACAAAAGGUACUUGAAGAUGAAGAGAGGGAUAUAAACAAACAUGAUCUGCCGAAGCUGGUGUAUAUGGAAGCAGUGAUAAAAGAGACUUUGAGGUUAUAUCCCCCAGUUCCAAGAUUCGCUAGGACUUCUAAGGUAGAUGUGAAGCUGAAGAACUAUACUCUACCAGCUAAUUGUACGUACAUGAUAUGUGUGUACGGUCUUCAUCGUCAUGCUAUGUGGGGGCCGGACAAGGAUCAGUUCAUACCGGACCGGUGGUUGGACCCGGCUCGAUUGCCCAAAAAUCCUAACUGUUUCGCCAGUUUUAGUAUGGGCAGACGCAACUGUAUCGGUAAAUUAUACGCCGUGAUGCUGAUUAAAACGACUCUGGCGUAUAUAUUGCGACACUAUCGUAUCCACAGUGAUCUUGAGAAGUUGGAGACACGAUGUGAUAUCUUCUUAAAACCGGUGGCUGGCCAUUUCGUAAGCUUGGACCCGAGGGCGUAAUAAAGUUGAUUUAACUUUUAUUCUGACAAAAAUCCUAAGUACUAGAAUUAACUUCUACGCGCAAUUAGAAGAUAUGGAUAAUGCAAUGAUAAUUUGAGCACGGUAUAUGUAAUGAAAUAGUGGUUGCUAAAUAUCUCUCGCAAUGCAACAGAUUAAUUGAUUUAAGGUUAUUCAAAAUAUACUUAGUUCCUUUAUGGAUUAUUCCCAUCAGGACAGUAUUUUAGAAUAGAUUGAGCUCA